AAUCCAAGAUGGCUGCGCCCUUGUUUUGAAAGUUGCGGACUGAAUUAAAUCGUGCAUGAUGAGCAAACCAAAGCAUCACAUUCGUCAAGAGGUCUGCUCAACAAGGGCACCUUACAGAGAUGGCAGAAAACCAACAGCUGUAAAGGUGUACACAGUUCAUCAAGAGUCAAAAUAUUUACUGAUUCAAGGUGUAUCAGCUGUAGGAGCUACAAAUGAGCUUGUGAAACUGUUUGAGACAGUUGGUGAUGUAGAGGAACAUAGAAUACUUGACGACUAUCCUAGUGAACAGUUUACUGAGGUUUAUCUUAUCAAAUACAAGAGAAUACAGUCAGCAAGGUUUGCUAAACGUAAGCUAGAUGAUUGGUCAUUUUAUGGUGGUGUUCUACAUGUUUGUUAUGCACCUGAGUUUGAAACAGUACAAGAAACACGAGAAAAAUUGCGUGAGAGAAGACGAGUAGUUGAAGCGAAAUCUAGACAAUAUAAGACAGAUGGUACAUAUGCUAACAGUUUGUCACAAGUGUCUCAGAGCAGUAAUAGUAAUACAGAGGAAGAGUUUGACAUAGGAAGCAGUCAGCACCAUACAGCAUCAAUAGAAAGUAGCUACAGCAACAGGACAGAGGAAACCAGUCAGAGUAACAGUACUUACAUUACAACUGAUACACCUUCCAGUGAACAAGUGCUGAGGCAGACAUCCACUCAUCCAGAUAUACAACAGUAUGGUGUACAGCUGCAAUAUAACACUGUUAAUAGUAAUACUUUUUAUGGAGGACAGUCAGUGGCAUCUCAACAAAACGUAAAUAGUUACAGUGCCCAGACUGCACAAAAUAACAGUGGAAGUUCAAAUGUCAGUAUUGAACAAUAUGGUAAAAAAGCUCACCAUCCUGGGACUUCAUUAAGUUAUGGUGAGCAAGUUGUCCAACAGGCUCGCAGUUUGCAAAACUAUGGUAAAAGUUCUCUAGUAAAAAUUGAAAAUAGACUGAAAAGGCCAAAUCUGGAUGAAGUUCCAUUGACAGUAGUUCCAUUGACAGUUAAUGAAAAUGUCAAAAAUACUCAUAAUUUGACACAAGAAAAUGAGGAACAGUUAAUUUUGCCUCCUCCUCCUAAACAAAUGAGAUCCUCAGACUGUAGUUUCAUAAAGGUACAAAAAUAUAGUGGUGCAAAAGUGCCGUCUGCUCAAGCCACAUUUCCUGCCAAUUUUGAUGCAAGAACUGAUAGGCUUACUGAAAAUGAGGAUGAUACAAAGAUAAAAGAUUCUAAAGGUUAUGAAAAUACUUUGAAUGAAAUAGAUAAACAGGAAGAAUUGAGAGAGGACCUGAGUAAAAAAUCAAUGCAAGAAAAAGUUGAAGAGAACUUAAAAAAUAGAAGUGUUGUGAUUAAAGAUUUUAGUAAGAAAGGAACAGUGCCAAAGUUUAUACCAAGGCAAGCUCAAAUUAAGAAUAAAUUGGAAAGAGUAACAGACAAAAUCAAAACUGGCAAAGAAGCCAGUAAAACAGAUGAAUUGAACAGAGAAAUUCGGAAAAAUGCCUUCAAGCUUGGUAAAGCUCAAGGGCCAGCAGAUUUAGGUCCCAGUACAUCAAAUGAAAGUCUUGACCCAAAGGAGAAAUCUGUGAUAGACAGCAUGCUGGAAAUAAGAAAAAAAUUGACAAAGGUAAAGGAUUGAGACCUGGAGGAAAUUCAACUAGACCCGAACUGCAUAUACAAUUACACACAUUUUGCAACAAAAAUGACAUCUCAAGUUGAUGUUAUUAUGAGAAGACUGAAAGAGGACAUAGAUGUUUAAUUUAUGAAGACAAAAUGAGAUUGUUUUGUUGUGUUUCCACGACAGUAAUAAUUAAAUUAUGUGUGAUUUGAAGAAAAUAUUUAUGUACUUUUUUAUUAUUACAAAUAUGAAUUGAUAAUGACGUUUAAGUAGCCCAGACCAAGAUGUUAACUAUCUAAAUGUUUAUUUACAUUCCCUUCAAGGAAGAGGUGAUGUAGUGUUUGCUCUUGUCAGUCACUCAGGCCAUCGGCAACAAUUUGGUUUUCAAUCAGUAAAUAUGGAAUGCUUUUGUGUACAGUUUUCAAAUUUCAUAGGAGGGUUGCCUCAAUGCUUUAGAUAAUCUCGAUUGUUUUUGGGGUCAAAGGUUAAUAUCACAGUGACUUUUACUCUAAAAACGGCUUCAGAUCAAUAGCCGGAGAAAUGCUUGGCCAAGUUAAGGUGAUGUAUAAUGCUUCAUGAAAUUUUAUAUUAAGCUUUUAGAGAAUACAAUUUCAUAAAGCAUAUUGCACCACCUUAAGUUCAGUUUUUACAGUGUAAGGUAUCUAUUCUACUGCUGUUUCUUUUCUCACAAACUUUAGACUGAUACUGAAAAAGUCACUUAAUAUUUUAAAUUAGCAAGUAAAGUUGUGUUUAAAUUAGCAGAUAAAGUUGUGAAAAUACAGUAUAGUAGGCUCAGAAAAGACCUUGGCUUAAACUGCCCUCCUCUCAGCCUGUAGUAUAACAGAUUAUAACAGUUAUUUGCUGUAUUCUAUGCAAUA